AAACGCGGACUUGGGCCUCAGUCGACACUAGUCUGGUCGAGAAUAAGGACUUGAGAACGUCUCGCUGGAAUUUACGAAACAGAAAACUUCCUCGUAAGAUGUUCCUGAAGAUCGUGUGUGCUGUGCUCUGGGUCGUCGCCACGGCCUUGGGAGAUGAGUCUGGAGAGACUGAGCUGAGAGCAUCUAUCAACAAGAACUAUGAUAAGGAGGCGCUACCAGGGACCAAUGUUACGGUUGAAAUCAUUACUUUCAAAAUACUAAGUUUUGAAGUGCACGAGGAUGCGCACACAAUGGAAGUACACAGCUGGACUGGUUACAGCUGGCGCGAUCAACGCCUGCAGUGGAAACCGGAAGAUUACGGCGGAGUCUCCAGGCUAGGAAUGGACCCUAGCGAAGUGUGGAGACCGGACUUGGCCAUAUACAAUGGCGUUGCCAACGAGCACAUGCCCGAAUCAAACCUGCCUUUGGUAUUGAUGCCAGACGGGAAGAUCAUACACAUUCCUUCACUCAAUCUCAAGUUCUACUGCCUCAUGGACCUUACUUACUGGCCCCACGACGCCCACGAGUGCGAGAUCAAGUUCGGGUCAUGGGUCCAUCAUGGGCACUUGAUUAAUCUUGAUGCUAAUAGCACAAAGUUGGAGGUUAACCUCAACACGCGCACCCUGGCCAGCGGCAAGAACAUCACAAAAUCAGAGUGGAAGAUCUCCGACCUGGUGAUAAGGCGAGAAUCCAUAGUGUAUGAAUGCUGUCCUGAGCCUUAUGUCAGCAUCACCAUCUCCUUACUUACCACGAGAGAUGCUCCGGCGUACGCGUGGGUCAUCAAGACACCUGUUAUAUGCAUGAGUUUCCUGACGCUGGUGGUGUUCCUGCUCCCUCCUGCCGCAGGAGAGAAGGUCGUCUUCGGGGGCCUCUGCCUCGUCCUCAGCGUCCUCUUCCUCGACUACUCGGCCAACAUUAUCGGACACGCCCCCUCGCACACGCCCCUUAUCAUCCAGCUCGUAUGUCAGCAGAUGGUGUUGGUGAUGAUUAGUGUGGUGUUGUCAGCCGUGGUGAUGAGGGUGGCCCGCGGACCUCAUUCUUCUGGCCUGCCGACCUUCCUGAAGCGGCCUGUGCUCCUCCUGGGGUCCUGCUUGUGUUUGGGCAACUACAGGCAGAUCGUGCUCAAAAACAGCGACAGUUUCGCCAGCUCGCGCAAGCCUGACGAGGUGGAGCUGGGCGAGGACGGGAGCUCUGAGACCCGCCGUCGGGAGAGCGGCGACGCCUGCGAGUGGCUCCUCCUCGCCGCCGUCGUCGACCGCUUGGCCCUCCUGCUCUACGCUGCCGUCUGCGUCAUCAGCCUCAUUCGCUUCAGCAGCGUCUUGUAGGAGCAUUGGGAAUCUUAGAGCAGCGUCCUUUAAAAAAAGAAGAAGAGAGAAAAGAAAAAAAUGCGUGUUAUUAUUGUAAUUAAUGGUUUUCUUAUAUUUUUGUUAUUCUAUUUGAUUAUUUAUAUUCUUUAUUAUCAUUUGUUUAUUUUAUUAUUAUUUAACAUUGUUAUAUAUGUUGUUUUUUUUUCUUUUUUUUUUUGCGAAGAGACGCUCGUGGUUGAUCGACUGCAUCGUGUAGAAUCUUUGCAAGGUUUAUUAUUUUUUUCUAGACCUUGGCAAUGCUGGAUGUAGUUUGUUUUUCUUAUUGUUUUGAAGAAGAGCUAGAUUUUUUUUUUUUUUUUCUUUUGGUUUAAGAAAAAAAGAAAAGACCAGUCAGGGGAUGAAUUUGAAAAAAAUCAAAAUGGAUAUGGAAAUGUAAUUCUUAAAAUGAGAAUAUGUAUGGAAAUACAUUUUUUUUUUUUUUUUUUAAAGCUCAAGACAUAAUUAAUAUCAAUUUUUAUAUAUAUUCCAUUUACACAUUUUAUUUACAUUUUCUUCUACAUCUUCUUACGAAUUCUUAUGACAAAUCCUUGUAACUAUAAUAGCGUUAAAUUAUUCAAAUAAGAAGCUGUAAUAUCAACUAUACAAUCACAUAUAGUUUUCUUAAUACCUCAAAGCGUUUCACUACCAAAGAGGAUAAUGAUGACGCUUUAGAUUCACAUGUAUGUUUGUCGAUUAUUAUUGCUACAUUACCUUUUAUAUAAUGUGGGAAACACUUAUUUUUACCUAUCUGAAAUAUACAAGUUUAUAUUUCUGAAUGAUACAGACUAAUGAGGCGAAAUACAUGCCAGAAAGAG